AUGUUAGGAACAACUUUACAAUCCCUCUUUCUUGUUCUGCUUUUUUUCAUUUGUGCUCCUUUAGCAUCAUAUACAAAUGCUUACCCUCUAUCAACCCAGGGUAGAUGGAUCAUAGAUGAUUCCACCGGGGAACGUGCCAAAAUGAUAUGUGGCAACUGGGCUGGUCACCUUAAUCCAAUGAUCCCUGAGGGUCUUGAUAGAAGACCUUUGAAGGAACUUGUUGGUGAGCUUGUUAAACACAAGUUCAACUGUGUUCGUCUCACAUAUGCAAUUUACAUGUGGACACGCCAUGGCAAUCACAUUGUGAUUGAUACCUUUGCCAAUUUGGAUGCUCCUGAGGUGGUGGAUGGCAUAGCCAAGAACAAUCCUUCUGUGUUGAAUAUGACACAUAUUCAGGCCUUUGAAGCAGUUGUUAAUGAACUUGGAGCACAAAACGUGAAAGUAUUGUUGGAUAACCAUGUCAGUGAGCCAAAGUGGUGCUGUAAUGAUGAUGAUGAAAAUGGAUUCUUUCAUGACAGACACUUUGAUCCUCAGGAAUGGGUUCAGGGACUUACUUUGGCAGCCAAGCACUUUGCUAAUAAUCAUGCUGUCGUGGCAAUGAGCUUGAGGAAUGAAUUGCAUGGUCCACGCCAAAAUCAGAAUGAUUGGUACAGGUACAUGAGCCAAGGAGCACUAGCCAUUCACAAGGCAAACCCAAAGGUUCUUGUGCUUAUCUCAGGUUUGAACUAUGACACUGAGUUACAGUUUUUAAGGACUAAACCAUUGAAGAUAGACUUGGGUAAAAAAAUGGUGUAUGAGACACAUUUGUACUCAUGGUCUGGACUUGGGACACUAAAAUUGAAAGAGAUAUGGACUAAGCAACCAUUGAACAGGAUAUGUGCCAAUAGCAUUAGAGGAUUAGACCACAGAGCUGGGUUCCUUACCACAGGUGAGAAUGCAGCUCCUUUAAUCUUUACAGAGUUUGGGUUUGACCAGUCAGGUUCUACAGAGGAAGACAACAGGUUCUUGACAUGCCUUCAGACUUAUCUUGUUGGGAGAGAUUUGGAUUGGGGUUUGUGGGCAUUUCAAGGUAGCUAUUAUGUUAGAGAAGACAAAGUUCAACUUCAAGAGUCAUUUGGUGUAAUGGAUGUCAAUUGGAAAAAUCUGAGAUAUCCAAACUUCACUAACAAGUUCCAACUUUUGCAAAGGAAGAAUCAAGAUCCUACUUCCAAAGUCCCCAAUGCAUAUAUCUUGUACCAUCCACUAACUGGUCAAUGUGCCCAACUGAAUAAAAAGAAUGAACUUGAAGUUGGUGGCUGUGAGAACCAAAACAGAUGGAUUUAUAGUGGAGAUGGGUCUCAAAUCCUUUUGGAUGGCACUAAGAAGUGCUUAACUGCAGCUGAUGAAGGGCUUCCAGUAACUGUUUCUGAUGAUUGCCAAAGCAAGAACAGUUCAUGGAAAUCUGUAUCACUUUCUAAACUUCAUUUAGCUACUGUGGAUCAAUAUGGGAAACAACUUUGCUUGCAGAAGGAUUCCAACUCAUCCAACGUUGUGACUUCAAAAUGUAUUUGCGUUAAAGAUGAUUCUCUUUGUCUGGAUGAUCCCCAAAGCCAGUGGUUCCAGCUCGUUGCCACCAAUGUAUAG